AUAACAGAAGGUCAAAACAACACACCGUUAUUUAACUGGGAAAGAACGUUGUGUAAUGAUCACGCCUUUUCAAUAGACGUGAUUAUACAUUUUUGUUUCAAGAUCACGGUAGUUGAGAAGAGAAUAUUACAGAGGAUGACAGUUUUGCAUUAGAGCUGAAGUGUACUCGACCUUGCCAACAAAAAACCCUCAUAGACCAGAGCGGACAGGAUGUAUUCCUUAAAACUGUUAUCAAGUCUAACCAGACAAUACCAGUCUGUAGCACCCUCAUUACAAAGAGUCGGUCAUUUGACCAGCUCCUCUCUACGACCAUCCGUCACUUUCAAGUGCCAUAACUGCGGUCAAGUUAUCCGAAAGUUUACUCAAACUAGGACAAACUUUUCAUCAUUAAGUGAAGUGACAGCAAAGAAAAAACCCAAAGUGAAAUAUCGUAAAUCUAAAUACCUUCUGUUUGGUUUAGGAUUAACAUCAAUAGGAUUUGGUGCUUAUUAUUUAUCACUUACGGAGCAAAACAAACGCAAGGUUCGAGUCUUGCUUGGUGGCUGUGUCAGAUUCCUAAGGUCGUUAAAAAUAGGACUCCUGAUUUCCGCGGACUACAAAUGGACCUUGUGGAAUCUGGACGAGAUGUCGGAGGAGUAUGACCAGGCAAUCCGCCCCUGUCACAAACGGGCUGCGGAGAGGAUGCUAUUGGGGUGCCUCCAGAACGGAGGCCUGUAUGUGAAGUUAGGACAGGGUAUGGUGUCUAUGAACCACAUCCUACCCAGAGAAUACAUAGAUUCCCUAGUCAUUCUACAGGACAAAGCCCUCAGCAGACAGCCCCACGAGGUAGAGGAGCUGUUUAAGGAAGACUUCGGGAUGACUCCACAGGAGAUGUUUGCCAAGUUUGAUGAAGAACCUAUCGCUGCAGCUAGUCUUGCUCAAGUCCAUAGAGCAGUGACGAAGGAGGGAGAGACCGUGGCAGUCAAGGUCCAGUAUAUUGACCUCCAGGACCGUUUCUAUGGUGACAUUAAGACCUGUGAGAUUAUACUGGAGCUGAUUGGCUGGCUGCAUCCAAAGUUUGGGUUUGCUUGGGCACUUCAGGAUUUGAAAGGAACACUGGAGUUGGAACUAGACUUUAUUAAUGAAGGCAAAAAUGGAGAGCGGUGCUUGAAAGAUCUCCAACACCUAAACUAUGUCUACGUACCGAAGAUUUUCUGGAACAUGACCACCAAAAGAGUAUUGACAGCAGAAUUCAUCGAGGGUUGUAAGAUCAGUGACUCCGGUGCUAUCAAGGAUAUGGGUUUAUCUCUUAAAGAUGUGGAUCAGAAACUAGUCAAGUGUUUCUCCGAGCAGAUUUUCCUUUCUGGAUUUGUGCAUGCUGACCCUCACCCAGGAAACGUGUUUGUACGUAAAGGAAGUGACAAAAAGGCCGAACUUGUGCUUCUGGACCAUGGUCUGUACGAUAUCCUCACGCCCUCCCAUAGACAGUCCCUGUGCCAUUUGUUUAAGGCAAUUGUUAUGCAAAAUGAGGACAACAUGCAGAAAUAUUCCCAGGAACUUGGGGUUGAAGAUUACCAGAUUUUUUCUAUGAUGGUUAAACAAGGUCCUAUAAAGUUCAAGACAAACUCGUUCUUCCGUCACCGUAUAACCUCUAAACGGCAGUUUUACAAAAUGCCGAAGGACGUUCAGGUGGAGUGGAAGGAGGAUUACGAUAAGAUGUGGGAUCGAUUCCGCGGAACCUUCAAGGACAUGCCUAUGUGCUUGUAUUUCAUUUUCAGGAAUAUGAACACCAUCCGAGCUAUUUGUAGGGAGCAUGGUCAUGUGGUCGACAGAUACAGUAUCAUGGCAAGGAGUGCUAUCACAGGGUGCCAGAAGACAGGAGAGUUCCACUUGACGGUGUCAGGGCGUGUGCGAGCGUGGUGGGAGCGUUGUAUCUACGAUUAUAACAUACAGUUAGAUAAGAUGAAGAUGUGGGCUGGCAUCCUCUACAUUCGGCUCAUGGCGUACCUCGGUCGACUCCCUGAUCUGGAGAAGAUUCAGAAAACGAUCCAGGAACAACAGGAUAAGAACAGAGCUUUCAACAGUGAGGUGUAUACAUGACAACUUUGAUUCUUGAAACACAACGGAAAUGUGUCCACACGGGUUAAUGUAAAAAAAAACACUGCGAUGUCCCUCCAUGCCAGGAACUGUAUGUGGGCCAGACUUGGUGUGAAGGCAGGAACGGAUCAUUAUGUCUUAAGAAUAGAAAUAGGAUCACAGGUUUCCUGUUGAUGGAAUGCUGAACUCAUUCUUCCCUGAAAUUUCGUAAUGGACUAUCACAACCUUUAAAUUUGAAGAGUUCAAAUGAGUCUUCAGGAGUUACUUAAAACUAUAUACCUGGACUGUCUUCACAGGACCCUGGCUAUUACAAACUUAUUAACAAAUGUUCGCUGUAGUGAUAAAAGGCGAAAAAAUUAAACCGCAGCAAAAAUAUACUGGUAUACGGUCUUUUGAGGGAAGUGCUUAAUACUAGAGAGCGCAAAAUGAUUUGUUGAUUAUAAAACUAUGACAUAUUUAUGUAGUGUUGAAAAAUUAUAGGUUGAACCAAAGAAGAAACAAAUUAUGAGGUGAAGAGAUACAGCGUCUGUAAACUAAGUCAAUCAAUGUCCAAUCAGUGUCCUAUGUUCUUCUCUGUAGGAAAUGUGUCUAAGUAAAAACUGGAUUUAUAAACAAACUGGAAAUUGUAAUCUUAGAUAAGAUUCAGUAUUGUUACAUUUAUGUAUUAUUUAUACAGUGAAACCUUGUUAAACUGUCAGUAUUUGUCAGUAAAACCUUGUUAUACUGUCAGUAUUUGUCAGUUAAACCGUGUUAUACUGUCAGUAUUUGUCAGUUAAACCGUGUUAAACUGUCAGUAUUUGUCAGUUAAACCUUGUUAUACUGUCAGUAUUUGUGGAUAGAUUGCAACAAACAAAAGAGUGGCUUUGUAGAUGCUAAGUGCUAUAAAGGUUUUGGCAAAUUAAAGAGGGAAAUAUGUAAAUGAAAUGUUGAGGAAUAUUUGAAAAGGAAAGAUUGAAAUAGUGAAAUAUUUCCUCAGUGUAAAUUUAACGUUACGCUACCACAAUUUGUACACGGUCAGAAAAAGAUACAAAUAGAACUUUAAAAUUAAAUUUGAGUAUUUUCCUCUGACAGUAUAACAAGAGAUAUUUAUCAGCAUUUCCACCGAAUAGUUUUGUUUUCAGGAACUUUUUAAGAGUACAAGAUGGCUUCAAAAUAAAUAUAUCAGAAAACCAGUAAAAACCGACGUACGUCGACGAAAUUGUGGAGGAUAGCAUGUUUAUAUGUUGAUUUCUGGGUUUUUAGGUCACCUGAGCUUUAGCUCAAGUGACCU